AGCAGUGUUGACUAUUUGCUCAUUUUGAAAUUGUGAGAAGGAAAUGGCGAUGAUACCCACCAUGCUAUUCAGCUUCUGCUCUCUUCUCAUGGCAUCCAUGUUCGCUUACUCUGCAUCCGUCCAGUUAAAUGAUCCUGACUGGUACUUCUGGUUUCCUCUCUAUGCUUUUGCUAGUAUGGUUAAUCUGCUCAACUGGAAAAUCUCGUAUAAUAUAAGAAUCCGACAUGUCGCCAACCUAGCUCUGCUGCUUGGAAUUUUCUUAUUUUUCAAAAUUUUACUAGAAAUUUGUUCAAGUGGAACUACCAUAGCUGGCUUCUUGUCUUUAGAUCUGAAUCAGAGACUUGUCAGAGAGAAAACUGGAAGUGGGUUGGUUGUUAUUUCAAUGAUUUUGCAUAUCAAGACAUCAUCACCUUCACCAAAUCCUAAGCAACCAAAGUUACCGCGAUUUGUUGAAUAUGGAAUGGCAGGAUUAGUUGGAUUUAGCUACGGAUUCCCCUUUUUCUUCUUUGCUAUUCUCAAGAAGGAAAUGAAGCUAUGAUCAAACAAACAUCAAAACUUUAGGAAAUUUUUAGAAAUAAUGCUGUUUUUUUGUAACUUGAACUGGUUUAGUAGAUCAAAGAAAAAUAUAAUUAAUUCAUU